AUGUCAAUGGAGCCCGUAAGCAAAACAGAUGAACAUAAAAACCAAGUACCAAGGGUAUCCUUUGGCGAAAUUCAACAUCAUCAUGAUCAUAAAAAUGUUCAUUAUGGAAAAACAUAUUUUGCUGUAUUGUUGGCGGCAUUCACUUCAUUGGGUGGAUGGUUUUUUGGCUAUGAUCAAGGUGUUACAGGCGGUAUCGUUGUCAUGGGUUCAUUUAAAAAUGAUUUUUGUAUUGGUGUGUACGGUAAUACAAGUGUUUGCAGCCUGCCAGUACCUGCUUUACCUACUGAAUAUAGACGAUUUUUGGUACUUUUUACAUUAUUGUACAAUGUCGGAUGUUUGUUUGGUGCUGUGUUUAUUUCUUCAUUCGUGGCAGAAAGGUAUGGACGUCGAGCUAUUAUUUUCACAUCGGCAAUUCUUUUUUUAAUUGGUACCUCAAUGGUUAUUUUUCCACCGGGUGGAUCCGAAAAGAUCAUGAUUUUAAUACUCAUUGGGCGAAUUGUCGAAGGUACUGGUGUUGGUUGUUCUUCAUUUUCCUGCCCUUUAUACGCUUCAGAAAUAGCUCCAACGAAUCUACGUGGAAUGCUCGCUGGCUUCAUGCAAAUGACUGUAGUCAUUGGUUUGUUUGUCGCUAAUAUAGUAAAUAUUUUAUUACAAAAUCAUAAAUGGGGCUGGCGAUUAUCAAAUGGCAUUAUUUUAAUCGCUCCAAUUACGAUUAUGAUUGGCAUAUUUUUCUGUCCUGAAACUCCUCGAUGGCUGUACAAGAAAAAGGGUCGUGAGUUAGCCGAGAAAAGUUUAAAGCGUAUUCGUAAAAUAGAUGAUGUAACUGCUGAGUUAGACGCUAUUUCUGAUGCCAUAGAAGAAGAAGGUAAUCAGAUGUCAACGAAAGAAUUAUUUACAAAAAAAAAGAUGCUCGAAAGACUUGGUGUUGGUGUAGGCUUGCAUAUUUUACAACAGGCAACGGGUAUUAAUCCUAUAUUUACAUAUGGUGGCAUUAUUUACGAAAGUGUUCUUGGAAAGGGUAUCAUAUCAUUAUUGAUAUUGUCUGGCACAAACUUACUAUGCACAAUACCAGCUUUGUUCCUGUUUGAUAGACUAGGACGUCGAAAGCUUCUCAUAUUUUGUGGCAUAGCUAUGGUAAUUGGUCAUCUUGCAGCAGCCACAAUAUUUGUUACAGGUUGUAAUGUAGCAAAAACUUCCAUCAAUGGAACUGAAGCAAUUGUAGAAGUUGUGAAUUGUAAAACGAGUUCUGGUAUACUAAUGCUUGUUGCUACAGCUGUUUUUGUAGGUUUUUUUGCACUUUCUUGGGGACCGAUCGCUUGGAUAUAUGCAUCUGAGAUUUUUCCUCUGAACGUUAGAGCUAGAGCUGUCUCCAUAACGACAGGGAGCAACUGGCUCAUGGGUACGGUUAUGUCUUACAUAUUGGAGUUAAUAGCACCAAUAGGAUAUCAUGGAGUCUUUUAUCUUUUCAGUGGCCUGAGUUUAUUAGCUGUAGUUUUCGUAUAUUUCUUUUGUCCAGAAACAAGAAGAGUUUUACUGGAAGAUAUUGAAGAACAAUUUGAAAAUUUCCAAUUGAAGGACAGAACAGCAUUAAAACUAUUAUGGAAACCAUGUCAACGCAAGAGAAAAAAAACGAUACAACUAAAUGUUAUUGAAAUGCAAUCAUAA